AUGUCGCCCAUCUCCGUCUUCCGCGUCGCGACCCGUGCCGUCCGCCCUUCCGGCUUCAUCAGAGCUGCUCAAUUGCCCCGUCCCCGGGUGCAGGCCCCCGUUGCUCUGGCUAUCGCCCGUCCCAGCUUCAGCACCUCCGCUAAGCGCUUCGGCGGUCACCACGAGGACGAGACAUACGAGGAGUUCUCUGCCAGAUUCGAGAAGGAAUUCGACGGUGUCCAGGAUGUCUUCGAGCUCCAGCGUAAUCUCAACAACUGCUUCGCCUACGAUCUCGUUCCCUCCGUUGAGGUCCUCACCGCUGCUCUGAAGGCUGCUCGUCGCGUCAACGACUACCCCACCGCUGUCCGGAUCUUCGAGGGUGUCAAGGCCAAGGUUGAGACCCAGGAGCAGUACAAGCAAUACCUCGAGGCCCUUGAGGGUCUCCGCCAGGAGCUGGGUGUUGCUCUCCGUGAGGAGCUCUACCCCGAGGAGGCGUAA